AUGUCGGACCGCAAGGGUUGCAAGGUGUUUGUGCACAACCUGCCGUAUGGUAUGCACGAAGAGGACGUAAAGGAUGUUUUCGGGGACGAAGCGAAGCACAUCGUCGAGGUGUACGUCAUGAAGGGUUACGACGGAAAGCCCAAGGGUAUGGCAUCUGUGGAGUUCAAGACCGCGGAUGACGCACAGUAUGGAUAUGUUUUUUGGCUUGCUCAUGCUGUGUUGUAGAGGUAGCUGUACCUCCUCCUCCUCCAUAGAAGUAAGGAAAUUUUGUGCUGAAGAUUGGAUAUUAUAUCGUGCAGGAGAACAUGUUGCUGCAAUGAACUGGUGGUCCUGCUGGAGGUGCUGCCCACCCUGGAAAAUCAACUCCAGCAUCGCGAUAUUGUGGUUUAUCUAUAUGAAUAUGACAAGAAAAGGCAUGCUACAGCUGCUACUCGCUUGCUGUACCUAGUAGACCUGCGCAUGGUAUCAAUUAUUAAGGUGAAUACUAAAAAAGCCUGUAAUGUAAAUGUUGUCCACUUCCACCGCAGGUACUGCAUCGACAAGUUGGACAAGACCGAGGUGCAGGGGCGCCGCAUCACCGUCCGUGAGGAUCGCGGCACGGGCUACAUACACCCCGACAGCAAGGGGAAGGACAAGGGGAAGGGCAAGCGCGGGGACUCUCGCGGCCGCGGAAAGGGUGGCUACGGUGGUGGAUACGGCCGUUACGAGGAACGUGGACGCGGUCGGCGUGGGGAGUCCCGCGACAGGCGCCGCCGCUCUUCCGGCGGAGGUCGCUCCCGUUCCCGCGGCCGCCGCUAAACACGAAAGAACCGCCAUAUAAUUACGGGCAGUUUUUAGUAUUGGUAAAAAAGGAGAAGCCAUAAGGUGUAGAUGAAGAGCUAUGGAUAAAAAUUCUUGAGUGGUUUUGCUGAAGAAGGGGCUGACUUCUGACACGGAGGCUUCGAAAACCGCCAUACGAGACGAGACCACUUGCAAGAACAAUAAGAACCGAGAUUAGAAGACUAUUGGUCAACAUCUUCACAGCAGCAGCAGUGCAAUUUACUACAGGAUAUGAGUUACCACCAACAGGGUAUGAUCUUUCUGUUGGUGUUGCGCGUGAUCAGGAACGAGCUACAGCCUAAACACUACCCUAGCUGUAGUUACCUCAAUGAUGACAAAGCGACAAUUUGGCGCUACAUCUUCAAACUCAAAGCUUGACCAGAGAAGAUGAAAAGACAACGAUGUUGAUCAUUGAGAAUAAGCGCGACCUCCAAGAAUCUUUUUUGCUUCUGUUUGAAAAAUUUUCAACUACCCCUUUGUAUUGAGCGUAC